GGAACAGAAGUCAGAGAACUCUCUUGGAAAACUCUCCCAACUAGGAGACAAACUACCUUUUCCUGCUCUCCUCACUUGCUGCAGGAACGAAACGACCGCCACCCUUCCUCUGACUGACCACAGGAUGGAAGGCCAGGGCAGGAGCUGACCAGCGCCGCCCCUCCAGACUCAGGAGGUGGAGAUCCCCCUCACCCCAAUCCAGCCAAAUUGACACCCAUUUUCUCCUCCCUCUGCCCCUAUAUUACCGACACCCCCUCCUCUUUCCCCUUUCCCUCCUCCCUAAAGACAGGGGUGGAGAAAAGGGGAGUUCAGGUCGUCAUGACUGAGCUGAAGGCAAAGAAUCCCCGGGCUCCCCACGCAGCGGGCUGCGCUCCCUCGCCCACCGAGGUCCAAUCCCCCCUGCUGGGUCGUCCGGACGCUGGCCCGUUCCAGGGAACCCAGACCUCAGACACUUCGCCUGUAGUUUCGGCCAUACCCAUCUCCCUGGAAGGUCUGCUCUACCCUAGGUCGUGCCAGGGUCAGGAUCCCCCAGACCGGAAGACGCUGGAUCAGCAGUCGCAGUCAGAGGUGGAGGGCGCGUACUCGGGAGUUGAAGCCACAAGGGGUACAGGAAGCUGCAACUCUAGAGUCCCAGAAAAAGACAGCGGGCUGCUGGACAGUGUUUUGGACACGCUUCUGGCGCCCUCGGGGCCCGGGCAGAGCCAAGCCAGCCCUCCCACUUGCGAGGCCACCAGCCCUUGGUUUCUAUUUGGCCCAGAACUCCCCGAGGACCCCCGUAGUGCCUCCGGUACAAAGGGGGUAUUGGCCCCGCUCAUGAACCGGCCUGAGAGCAAGUCUGGAGACUGCUCCUCUGGGACAGGAACAGUCCAUAAGGUGCUGCCUAGGGGCCUGUCACCAUCCCGGCAGUUGCUGCUCCCGACCUCUGGAAGUCCCCAUUGGCCCGGGGCCUCAGUGAAGCCAUCUCCGCAGCUAGCUGCUGCGGCGGAGGUGGUGGAGGAGGAUGGCCCCGAGUCCGAGAGCUCCACCGGUCCACUUCUGAAGGGCAAACCUCGGGCUCUGGGAGGCACAGCGGCCGGAGGAGGAGUCGCACCCAGUGCGCCUGGAGCGGCUGCAGGAGGCGUCACCCUUGUUCCGAAGGAAGAUUCCCGCUUUUCAGCGCCUAGAGUCGCCUUGGCAGAGCAAGAUGCGCCGGUGACGCCCGGGCGCUCCCCGCUGGCCACCACAGUGGUGGAUUUUAUCCACGUGCCUAUCCUGCCCCUCAACCAUGCCAUCCUGGCCGCCCGAACCCGGCAGCUGCUGGAAGGGGAGAGUUACGACAGCGGGGCCGCGGCUCCCAGUGCCUUUGCCCCGCCGCGGGACUCGCCCUCGGCCUCGUCCACUCCGGUUCCUUGCGGUGACUUCCCUGACUGCACAUACCCGCCGGACUCCGAACCCAAAGAUGACACAUUCCCUCUCUAUGGCGACUUCCAGCCUCCAGCCCUGAAGAUCAAGGAGGAAGAGGAAGGCGCGGAGGCCGCCGUGCGAUCCCCGCGUCGGUACCUAGUGGCCAGUGCCAACUCUGCCACCUUUCCGGAUUUCCCACUGGCGCCGCCGCCGCGAGCUCCCUCAUCCAAACCCGGGGAAGCCGCGGUGGUGAGCACAUCCGCCAGUGCCACAGUCUCGUCGGCGUCCUCCUCGGGGUCGACCCUGGAGUGCAUCCUGUAUAAAGCAGAGGGCGCGCCGCCCCAGCAGGGCCCAUUUGCUCCAUUGCCCUGUAAGCCUCCAGCCGCUGGCGCCUGCCUACUCCCAAGAGAGGGCUUGCCCUCCACCUCCGCCUCUGCUACCGCCACCGGGCCUCCACCUGCGCUCUACCCUCCACUGAGCCUCAACGGGCUGCCGCAGCUCGGCUACCAGACCACUGUGCUUAAGGAAGGCCUGCCACAGGUCUACCCACCGUAUCUCAACUACCUGAGGCCAGAUUCAGAAGCAAGCCAGAGCCCACAGUACAACUUUGAAUCACUACCUCAGAAGAUUUGUUUAAUCUGUGGGGAUGAAGCAUCAGGUUGCCAUUAUGGUGUCCUUACCUGUGGGAGCUGCAAGGUCUUCUUUAAAAGGGCAAUGGAAGGACAGCAUAACUAUUUAUGUGCUGGAAGAAAUGACUGCAUUGUUGAUAAAAUCCGCAGAAAAAACUGUCCAGCAUGUCGCCUUAGAAAGUGCUGCCAGGCUGGCAUGGUCCUUGGAGGUCGAAAGUUUAAAAAAUUCAAUAAAGUCAGAGUUAUGAGAGCACUGGAUGGUGUUGCUCUCUCUCAGCCAGUGGGCAUUUCGAAUGAAAGUCAAGCCCUAAGCCAGAGAAUCACUUUUUCACCAAGUCAAGAUAUUCAGUUGAUCCCCUCACUGAUCAGCCUGUUGAUGAACAUUGAACCAGAUGUGGUCUAUGCAGGACAUGACAACACAAAACCGGACACCUCCAGCUCUUUGCUGACCAGUCUUAAUCAACUAUGUGAAAGGCAACUUCUUACAGUGGUCAAGUGGUCUAAAUCACUACCAGGUUUUAGAAACUUACAUAUUGAUGAUCAGAUAACUCUCAUUCAGUACUCUUGGAUGAGCUUAAUGGUGUUUGGACUAGGAUGGAGAUCCUACAAACAUGUCAGUGGGCAGAUGUUAUAUUUUGCACCUGAUCUAAUACUAAAUGAGCAGCGGAUGAAGGAGUUGUCCUUCUAUUCUUUAUGCCUUACCAUGUGGCAGAUCCCACAGGAAUUUGUCAAGCUUCAAAUUAGCCAUGAAGAAUUCCUCUGUAUGAAAGUAUUGCUACUUCUUAAUACAAUUCCUUUGGAAGGACUAAGAAGCCAAAGCCAGUUUGAAGACAUGAGAUCAAGCUACAUUAGAGAGCUCAUCAAAGCAAUUGGUUUGAGGCAGAAAGGAGUUGUCUCUAGUUCCCAGCGUUUCUAUCAACUUACAAAACUUCUGGAUAGCUUGCAUGAUCUUGUCAAACAACUUCAUCUAUACUGCUUGAACACAUUUAUCCAGUCCCGGGCACUGAGUGUUGAAUUUCCAGAAAUGAUGUCUGAAGUUAUUGCUGCACAGUUACCCAAGAUCUUGGCAGGGAUGGUGAAACCUCUUCUCUUUCAUAAAAAGUGAAUGUCAGUUUUCUUUCAAAAAAAUAUAUCUGUGGUAUGUCAUUGUUUUGGUUAGGGUUAUGAGGUCUUUAGUUUUUAUAUUCUUCUGAACGCCUUACAUUUAUAACAUAUCAUAUUGUGUAAAUUUUUGAAAAAAAAACGUGAGAUUCUAACUUUCCUUUGUUAAGCAUCAUUCAAAUUUUAAAAGUGUCUUGUGUACCCAUAGUUUCUUUUAGAGUUUUUAAGACUGAAAGAUUGUUGAAGUAAAUUAUGUCUUAUCCAUAUUAUUUCAUACCAUUUAGGUGAGACUUUUUAACUUUUGCAUCAAACAAAUCUUCUACUUUAGAAAAAAAAUUCACAUGUAAUAAUAAAAAUCUAUUAUAUAUACUACUUACGGAUAACUCACUUUACCUUCCUAGUUAUGUUUAGAGAAAUGAAUCUUUAAAUGGCAGGCAAACUUUAAACAAAAAAUUUAUAAUCUUAACUAGAUUUUCAAAAAWUUUUAAUGGAAAAAAAUAUAGAAAUGGAGUAUAAAACCAAAAAUGGAUUGAUGUUUCUCAAAGUAGGCAAAACAACUCACAUGUUAAGAUCAUUGUCCAGGCCAGAAAUAUGGAUCUCUAGUAAAGAAAUUAAUAUGUAGCCAUGUUGUAGUAACAGUAUUGGGGCUUUUGUUGGCUUUUUAUUAAAUAUUUUGGGGGAGAGAAUUGUCCUCAAAUAAAAUAUUGCAAUUAGAAAAUAGAGGUCAGAAGAUUUUUGUGACCUAAUUCCAUUCCUUAUCAUUGGUGACAUGCAGAAAGUCACUCGAUCUUACUGAUUUUCAAUUUCCUGAUCUUUAAAAGUAAAAUGUAAGAAUAUCUUUCCUGCCAAAUGCUUCUUUUGGCCAGAGUUUCUCAUUAACAUCUUCUCAAACCAAAGAUAGAAGGAAGGGAAGGAGAAAAGGAGGAAAGAAGCUUAAAAGAAGAAAGGGAUAAAUAUAUACAUAUAUAUUUUUUUUUUCCUUCCCUCCAUUAUUCAAACAUUUGAGGAUGGUGUUUUUCAGUGAAAUAUAAUAGAUGAUUCUCAGGUUGAAAAAUUUUGUGAGUGCCUCUGAUCCAAAUCUAAAGGAUACUUCAGGAAAUAGAUGAAUCUCAGGUUGUGAGCUUCUGACCCAAUUCUGUGAGAGCUGCUUCAGGAAUUAAUAGUUAAUGGCUUAAAACAGUACACCCAAUUACAAAAACUAGAAAGCACACAAUUCACAUUGCUACUUGAAUUGAAAAUAUUCCUUUGGAAGACAAACAAGAGUAAUUUUGUCUGUGGUGAAUCACUGGAGAUACUUUUUUUUACAAAAGAAAAAUAUAUAAAAGAAAAUAUAUACAUAUAUGUAUAUAUACACACACACAUAUGUAUGUGUAUAUAUACAUAUAUAUAUUUGGUACUUGGUAUAUGUACCAGCUGUUCAUUAGACCUAUCUGGCCCAUAGAAUGUGUACAUAUACCAAGUUCCUACUGAUGGUGAAAUGCAAUCAAAAUCAAUUAUUUCCUUUUAUAAAGUAAUUUAUAUCAAUUUUAGGCAUAUAUAUAUGUAUGUGCAAAA